GGUUGUCCAUUACUAUGAUGAUGUCUUAGAGCAGAAGUGCUACUUUCUCCAAAAAGCAGAAAUGGGAGUGUAACAGUCAUCCUACUGAGAACAAUGCAACAGUCCUGUCAUCCUAGAAAUUGAGAAGCUGAGUUCUUGGGGGGUGGGUGGGUUCAAAAAAGGAUUGUGUAUUUGCUGCUUUGUGUUCUUUUUUUCCCUCUUUCUCUUUCCCCAGACAAAAGAGCAGGUUGUGCAUUGUAAUUGGAACUCUUAACUCACUGUAAAAUAUACAAUAGUUUCGCAGUGGUAAUACUUGGGAGGGAAGAGGGGAAAAGGGAAAGGUAAAAAGCAGCAGGGAGGGCUCCCAAACCAAUAGGCUAUGACAGCAGAGGGGUGGAUCUUGGCCCCACCUCUCUCUGGUGCACUCCCAAUGCCGGUCCAAGCUUACUCUGCUGAAAAAGCUUUGUCUUUCAGAGGGAAGGGAUAUGAAACCAGCAUACUUGAACUUCUUAGCCUGUUGGCUUCCAGCUUUAGCAAAUAAUCAGGAAAAGUGAAGCAUGAUAAACAGUUAAGACUACUCAUCUUGCCAUCCUCAGCUUGGACCCAAGUGGACAACAAACAGAUCUUCACUGCUGGCUAUAACAUGGCUACCAAUCUUUUGCCAUUCAGCUAUAAAAGAAAACUCAGGACUCUGAACUCCUGUUCUCAGUCCCCCUAAGGAGCAUGCUGUGGGCUGAGGCAACUCUGGGAUGAUGAGGUGCAUGGCUGGCUUGGCUCAGAGGGCCUGGCUCAGGAUGGUGUUCCAGAAUUGCAGAGUCCAGCUUUUGCUGAUCAACUCCUUGACUUUUGGCCUGGAGGUCUGUCUUGCUGCAGGUGUCACAUAUGUGCCACCCCUCUUGUUGGAAGUAGGAGUGGAAGAGAAGUUUAUGACAAUGGUUCUGGGAAUUGGACCAGUUCUGGGUCUAGUGUUUGUACCACUGCUUGGCUCUGCCAGUGACCAUUGGCAUAGUAGUUAUGGUCGACGAAGGCCUUUCAUCUGGGUCCUAUGCCUAGGUGUUUUCCUGAGCCUUCUCAUCAUUCCACAUGCUCACCGUCUGGCCAGACUUGUUGCCUUAGAUGCCCGUGCACUGGAGCUGGCUUUCCUUAUCCUGGGGGUUGGCCUUCUUGACUUCUGCGGCCAGGUCUGCUUUACCCCCUUAGAAGCUCUUCUCUCUGAUCUGUUCCAAGAGCCUGACAGCUGCCGACGGGCCUUCUCUGUUUACUCUUUCAUGGUUAGCCUGGGAGGCUGUGUUGGCUACUUGCUACCAGCUAUUGACUGGGACAGUAGCUUCCUUGCUCCUUAUUUAGGGGGUCAGGAGGAAUGCCUCUUCAGCCUCCUCACCAUCAUCUUCCUUGGCUGUGUUUUAGCAACUGUCUUUGUGACAGAGGAGGUGUCAGCUCAAGUAGAGCUCAGCUCAGGCCCUACAGGAAAGUCGUCUUCCAAGUCCCCAUCAUUUGCCUGCUGUUCCUUCUGGCUUCCAAAGAACUUUUUGAGGACCAGGCAUCUGGUUCAGGCCUUUAGGAAUCUUUGUGCCUUGGCCCCACGCCUGCACGGAGUGUGCUGUCGUAUUCCCAAGGUAAUCCAAAAGCUUUUUGUGGCGGAAUUCUGCAGCUGGAUGGCCCUCAUGACAUUCAUGUUGUUCUACACAGACUUUGUUGGGGAAGGAUUGUACCAAGGCAUUCCCAGGGCUAAACCUGGGACAGAGGCCAGGAGAAACUAUGAUGAAGGAAUUCGGAUGGGUAGCCUGGGCCUCUUUCUCCAGUGUAUCAUCUCCAUUUUCUUCUCAACAAUCAUGGAUCGGAUGGUGAAACACUUUGGGACACGAAUGGUCUACUUAGCCAGUGUGGCUUUAUUUCCAUUGACAGCCUUCAUCAUGUGCUUCUCUCAAAGUGUUGUCAUUGUCACUGUUUCUGCUGCCUUGACUGGCUUCCCUUUCUCAGUGCUUCAGAUCAUUCCAUACACACUUGCAUCACUUUAUCAUCAUGAAAAACAGAUAUAUUUGCCUAAGUAUAAAAAUAAGGAGAAUGCAGCUCAAUCAGAAAAGAAACUGGGUUUCCUCAAAAACCACCUUUCUACUCAGAAGCUGACCUACCAGAAUGGACACGGUGGUAGCCUGUACUCUCCCCCUGUUGCCGGGUCUUCUCUCUGUGUCAGCUCACCAUGUGAAGUUUCGCUCAUGAUGAUGGUGGGAGAUUCAGACACUGCAGCGACAAGCCGAGGCAUCUGUUCAGAUCUGGCCAUCUUGGACAGUGCUUUUCUUCUUUCCCAGGUUAUCCCGUCCCUUCUUAUGGGUUCGCUGGUUCAGUUCACACAGUCAGUCACCACUUAUAUGGCAUCUGCCACCGGCUUUGGGUUGGUAGCCAUUUACUUUGCAACCAAAGUUAUUUUUGACAAAAGUGAUAUGGCCAAGUAUUCAGUGUAGGAGAAAAGUAGAGGGAAAAUUAAUGUAUAUUAAAGACAUACUAGAGAAGAGUCAGGAGUGCAAAUAUAGCCUCUUUCUGCUUCUCUGUUCAAUGAGAUGUACAAAAUAUUUGACUGAAGGAAAAUAACUGGGUUGAUCUCAGGGUGUCUUAACAAAAAGUGUGGUAUUGGGCUGCCUCUUUUUACCCAAUGCCUUCAGUAAAAAUCUGUGUCCAAUCCUUUGGCUCAGGCUCACAAGAGCCAUUCAAACAGGGGUGCUACUAUGAUCACUUCCUUAAGUUGUGCGGGUAGAUGAUGACAUAGUGCAGAAGGGACCAAAGAUAGCUCAGAAAUGCAAUGAACCUCGCUUCUUAGUUACUUUCUGUAUUGAAAUGUUGUUGGUCAGCUUUUGUAUUGAGUUACAAAUCCUCACAAUUUGUCGUGAGCCAGAAAUCGUAUGGAAGAAUGUGAUAUGGUAUGUUAAUGUUUUUGAAAAUAUGUCAGAAUAAUACACUCCCUUCAUUUUUCUGGAUAUGUUGCAGGUCAAAGUCUAGGUGGUAUAAAUAAUCUGAGCAGAGCUACAUAGAAGGGAGCUUGUUUAAGAGAAGAUGCUGUGGUUACACUGGCAGCAACUCUACCACUGCAUGAAACCUUAGUUGUCAGCUGAUCCUUUUCCCCACAUCUGCCCAAAACAGAGCUUGCAGUUAGUGUAAAUAGAAAGUCUUGCAUAAACGGAGACUGAAGAACAUGCCUCUCUGGGGAAUUGCCUUUAAGUAACUGACUGGCCCAAACAAACUACAGUACCUUCUACUGUAUGCAAUCCUAAAAAGAAGGCUUAGAUUAAAAACAUUUGGGUGUAGGCUGCUAUUUCGGCUAAGGAGAUGUGUGGUCAUCUAAAUUUCUGGGGAAGGAUUGCAUAGAAAAGGAACUAUGUUCCUAUGUACCACAAGGCAGGCACCAAACUGAGUUUUCCACUGUGUAAUCAAUUCUUUCUGCCACCCAGAUAGAGCGUAGGCAUUUCUUGGGUUAGAAAAGUAUUGUAAGCCAAACUGCUCUUUUUUAAGUGCACAUGCACAAACUCACACACCACACCCCAACUAUUUUUAAUAAGCCAUUUAGCUGGCAUUGAUUCAGUCAGCAGCAGGCAGGACAGCUUUUCCUGGCCAGGACUAACACAUAUCGAGUACAAGAAUUCAGGAUGUAUAGAACAAUGUGACCAGAAGGUCAAGAUCAACUCUCUUUCUCCAAGGUAGGAUCCUGUUUCUAUGGGUUGCACCAAUUAAUAUUGAAAAGAUUGUAAUUAGAACAAUUGGAGAUUAGAUCGGACAAUAGUAUUAAGUAAAUAGGGAUUGUUGGAAGCUUUAGGAUUCUAGAAUCUGGGAUAGGAAAGAGGACUGUCCUCUAUAUUCUCUCCCUCCCCCAAAAAUAGUGUCACUAAAGCUGCAAUUUGUAUUUCAAGAGAAGCUUCCAUUGAUGAUCUUUUCUUGGAAUGUAGAUAACCACUAUGAUGAGAUGAUCUUUUGGGGUUGAGAGAGUGCAAGAAAGAUGGAUGUUUAUAUUGUAUCUAUUUGAUAUAAAUUUCAGUUAGUCGUUUCUAAUCUGACCCAUUUUGCAUUUUGAACUAUGAGAUAAUUGUUGAGACAAUCAUGUGGUCCUAUGACCAUGGGUUAGCUUUAGUGUGCUGCAGUCUUGCAAAUAUCACAGUGUUAACCAGACUCUAGUAUGUCACAAAAACCCAUUAAGAAACUGCUAGAUGAAUUUGAGCUGAAGACCCCUGUAGGAAAAAUAUUUUUGUUCAAAUGGAUGAAUCAUGCUAUUGUUAAAUGCCUUAAGCAAUUUUAAUUAGUCCAAAUUCUUAGCUUAAAGAAACCAGUUCGUUAAAUCCUGUGAAAGUUGACAUUUAUCCACAAAGUCUCCUGCUACAGACUCAUGUAAUUUAAUCUUCUGAGUGAAAGGAGUAAAGUUUUAAAACAAAAAUAAGAGCAAAAUGUCAGAACUGGAAUAGGGGAAGAUGUAAAUUGAAGUGGAAAAAGCAAAAACCAAAAUUGAAUACAUUGCGAUUACUUUCCCCAGUCUGAUGUUCUUCACAUGUGUUGGAUUAUGAUUUGGCAUUCCCAUCCAGCAAGAUUACAUGUGAUGGGAGCUACAGUCCUAACAUGUUUUCUUCUGAUGUCACAGGUACAACAAGGCUGUUCAAAAAACACAUUUGAUAUUAGAUCCUAACAUGGUUUCAUGCUUUAAAUGGCAAAUAUUGUAUUAGUCAUGAGUCCCACCUGUGUGAUCAAACAAUAAGUAUUCAUAUAUUAUACAAUGGUCCUUCCAUAAUGUUUACUCACAGAUUAGCAAUAGAUGUGUGCUUCAGACACAGUUUAUGAUUCCAUGAAGCAAAUGGGAUUAUUUUCCGGCAAGAACAUGCAAGCUAGAGCCUUCUAAAAGAAGAUACUUCAGACUUUCUUAACCUGACAUCUUUAAAAUGUUUUGCAAUGGCAAAAAUUCUAAGCAAUUUCAUCCUAUCUUGUCUAAAUAAUAAUGAAAAACUCAUUUAUAGAUAGAAAGAGUCAGUAUCCCACCUCUAAUUUGAGUAGACUCAGAUAGAUGUGUUUUUUUUCAGAGCAGUGAAUCUAGUGAUUGGUAUUAAAAAUUAUGCCCAUUUUCACUGAAACUUUUUUCUCCUUGUAAAGUCACUCAGGUGCCCACAUUCCUCUCUUGGUAGGAAUGACAUUAGUUUAUUAGUUUCCUUACAUGGGGUUCUUUAAUUCUUCAUAACCUAAGAGCGCUACUGGACCAAUUGAGAGAAACUAUAAAAGGGAGUAAUAAAUUUCCAUUAGAGAAAGCAAUAAUUUUGGUAGGUCUUUUCCUCUGGGAAAUUUUAGUUAAAAGACUAUAAGUAGCAUUUUGCUUGUUCACUAUUCAGAGACAUUUGAUAACUACAAUUUCAUUUUAUUGCUGCAAAAAAGGUCUGGAAUAAAAAACGAAAAGAGAGUCACCUUAGAAAAACAUCUAACAAAUCAUCUGAAUUCAGGAGAAAAAAAGAAAGAGAAAAGGGCCUAUGUGGAAAUAGCUCAGGUUCUGUUUUUUCCAAGGAAAAUAGUUCCAGAGAAUUGUAGUCACCUUCAAAUCAGUUAUACCAAUCUUUAUAGUACGGUAUGAGAGCCUUCACUGUCAUCCUAGGUCCUCUAUGCCAAAAGUGAGAGGCAUUAAUUGUUUCUAGGAUCCUUCUUGGGUCAUAGAUCUAAAAAGUCAGAAAUCUGGUAUUCCCCAAUGUUUUAUUUACUACUUCUUCUUCUUCUUCUUCUUCUUCUUCUUCUUCUUCUUCUUCUUCUCUUCUUCUUCUUCUUCUUCUUCUUCUUCUUCUUCUUCUUCUUCUUCUUCUUCUUCUUCUUCUUCUUCUUCUUCUUCUUCUUCUUCUCCAUCUUCUUCUCCUUCUUCUCCUCCUUCUUCUUCUUCCUCAUACUAUGUUGCAAAAGAUCACAACGGUCUUUUAUCAGCAAAAUAUAUCAUAGUACUCACUAGAUGCUGCAGUGGUAAGCAGUUUCCUGUACAAAUUAUGUAUAAUCAGUUUUAGAGUUGAAUCGUGCUGUUGUCGGGGAUGAUGGUGUCUUUUUUUAAUAUGGGUCUCUGAAAGUGGUAUGUCAAUUGAGUUUUUGUUUCUGCUAUACACUCUUCACAGUCUUUUCCACUCAGUCCAUAUUCACAUGCUUGGCUUAGCUUGAUAUGUCAAGAUUGGGAGGGAGAGAUAAUAUAGAAGUACAACACAAUUAGAGGGGUCUAGCUUGAGGUAAAUUGACAUAUGAACUAGCUGAGUGGUUGAAAAGGUAUUGGCAGAGAUGCUAACACAAAAAGCUUGACAAAUCAUCCAAUUCAUUUUUUCAUACCAAUCCCUAAAAAUAUAAAUUAGGUUCAUUUAUUCCAUUAACUCAUUGGUGGUUUGACCAUAAUUUAUUGGAUAAGCCAAAAGUAGCUGUGUUCAUAGAAACAAUAGCCAUAAACUCUGAGUUAACAAUUUCCAUUGCUAAGUUAAUAAAACAUACCAAAACAAAAUCUGAGUAACCACAUUAUAGUUUAGGCUUCAGUAUUUUUGUUUUUGCAUUUUGAACAAAUUAUUCAGGAAUAUGAACUAUUCCUGGGCUGGACAAACACUUGUGGGAUUUGUAACAAAUUGUGACCAUCUUGGCUUUCUUAUGAUUAAAUGUGUUCCAUUGCAUUAUGUGGCACAAUGCUGUCCAGUUGGAAUUAUGAAACAUAAAUCUGAUAAAGAUUGGUCUUGCUAAUGUGUGGAGGGUUAAUACAGAAUUAAAAAAUAAAUUCAUGAGCCAUAUCCAAAAGACAUAUAUAUCAGUAACCUGGUUUAAAUCCGUAUGAUUGUUAGAAACAUUAUUUUUAUACUCGAGAUGUGCUAACAAAGAAUCCACUGGGUAAUAGAUUCACACACUUCCUUUAUUGCUAUGUGCCCAUCAUUGUUUGGUUUCUAAUGCAUAUCAUUCACAAACUUUCUUUUGGUUGUGUUGAAACUUUGUUAGGGCGAUGACUGUGGGGGUGGCAAAAUGGACAAAUAAUGACACAGGCAUGAUGAUGGAAUCACACAAAACCUGCAACUUACGCAUUUGUGUCAUUGUAUGUAUGUAUCCAUAAUGUUUGCAUGAUUGCAUCUUCACAUUUUGUCAUUGUCAUUUUGGCAUCACAUCAGCUUUGGGUGUUAAUUAUUCCUCCUUAGUUAAUAGUAUUCAUCUUUAUCUUUCCCACACAGCUUUAUUUAAAGGGAAUUUUCUGAAUCAAGUUUUGGCCAGUGAUUAAAUAAUAUCCUGUGUGCUAUGUCCUCCCAGCAUUAAAAAAAAACUGUAUGGAAUUUGUAUGUUUAUUUAUUUAUGGAAAUAAAUAUUUUGUACAGUUUGUGCAGGAGAUAUUAAAGUCUAUUAAGGAAUGGAAA